AUGCAGCUCCCCAUCACCCUCCUUGCUCUCCUCGCCGCCGGCGCCUCCGCCCAGCGCAACAGGUGGACGCCUCCGGCCCCCCGAGUGGUACUCUCAAUGCGUUCCCUCGACCACGAGGACUCCCCUCCUCUUAACCAGGAUCCCGAUAUCCAGACCCGCAUCCUCACCACCAUCUUCGACGUUCCCGGACCCAGCCCCACCGUCGUCACCACUUACAUCACCAUCUACACCUCAGUCGCGCCUGCCCCUUCGCCUCAAAACCCUCAGCCUCCCGUCACCAUCACCGUCAUCCCCGACACUCCUAUCCAGCCUAGGCAGCCCAAGGAGAAGCGGUGGGAGGCGUAA